CACACACAUCCUCCUCCACUCUUCCUUCCGACUUCCACUGAGCCCCCCUCGAUAUACCUCGCGACGCGCACCAGCUACUCGCAUCCUUUUGCACUGCCUGCUUCAUAGAUCUUCGAGCCGCAUUGCUUUCCCACAACACGUAGUACACGCUCACGCGUGUCCGACCUCGUCUCCAUUGGCUCCAAGCUUGCCGCAAUCGCGCUCCGCUCGACGACGCGUGAUCCGACGACAGCCAUGGAGACCGACACAGCUAACAGGUAUCGCUCACGCAUCUUAAGGGAGAUGAAUGCGAACCGCGCGAAUCCCUUCAACUCUCCGCCCUCCUCCACCGGCUCCCAUGGCACCGUCAGCCCGACCAUGUCCUCCGUCUUCUCCGACCCCGACGGUGAGUCGACGCGCCGACUCAACGAGGACAUUGCCCGCAUCACCGCGUCCAAGAAGCUCCCUAUCAACUGGGAGGCUGCGCAUCGCAAAUGGCCCGAGUUCUUCUCUCUGCCCAAGGCACGAGACGCGCACCAUGACGAUACCGACACGAGACCGUUGGCCACGCUGGAGAACAACCGCCCGACCGUCCUCAACGACGAUUCCACUCAGGACGUUUGGGCUGCAUCCAAAAAGGCGCGUGCCGAGAUGCAGCCGCGUGUCGAAAACGAAUCCGACUUGUCCUCCCUCAUCUCCAAGUCCCCUGCCCACGCGCUGCCUCGCCAUGUGACGGCCGCCAACGUGAGGCAAUCCAGCCCUCUGACCAAGGUACAUGCGCGAAAUCCAUCAGAUCAUGCCAUACCUGGCCAGCGGCGACAGUCCAUUUCCGAGGCCCUCAAUGGCCUACGACACGCGUCUCCUCCACCACGAGACGCGUCGAGGGAUCACCAGCGUGGCAGCCACUCGCCGCUGCUCUCUUCCGCCAAGUCAAGUCUGACCGCUGUCCCCCCGUCACCGGGCUCUAUGACCAGUCCUGGGCAUGACGCGUCCCACGCUCGUUCUUUCUUCAUGCCCGAUGUUUCACACCUCGGUGAUUUCGUCACGGGAACCCUCAAAUUCAGCGGCUCCAUGAAGAACGGCGUUCCCAUUUUUGUCAAGAACGGCAAGGUGCACGAUCGGCAAGAGCGUCCUUCUGUCGCUGCACACGCCCAGGUCGACGGAUUGCAGAUCCCAGAAGAUGAAGAAAAGAUCUUCGUGUCCAUGGAUAUGAUCCGUGACGAGAUUAUUUCUCUCCAGGAGCACCACGACAAGGUGCAAGAAUAUGCUGAGAGCCUCCAGCGGGAUGUUGAAAACCUUGAGGCCCAGCUCAGAUCCUCCAAGCGCUCUGGUGGCGACGGCUACGCGGACGACAAGCUCGUGGCCCGUAAGAAUCAAUUGGAAAUAGAAGUUGCAGCAUUACAGACUCGCUUGGACCAGGCCACGCGAAAGUAUAGCGACAAAGAAUUCGAGAACGUUUCACUUGCCCACGAGCGAGACCGCGCUGUCAGCAGACUACAGAGCGCUUGCGACGAUAUCAGCAAGCUCACGCGCAAAUUGAGCCACAGAGAAAAGGCGCUGGAGUCUUCGCAUAAGCAGCAAGAGACGACGGACCAGAUGCGACAGGACAAUGACACGUUACGCCGCGAUCUCAUCUCGUUGAAGAAUGGGCGCGACGCGCUCGAGCUCGAGAACUCAACGUUGCGGAAGGACAACGAGGCUCUUCGCCAGAGGCAAGUAGAGCUGGAGGAAGAGAUUGAGUCACUCCGAUCGCACUAUAAGAGCGCGCGACGCGAGGAUGGCUCUCUUGUGAGCGAGAACAAGUCGCUUCGUGCGAACAACGAGUCCAUGUCCGAGGAGAUUGAGAGCCUGCGCGAAAACCUAGACGGAGCCCAACACGAGCUUGACGCUGCCCGUGAAGAGAUCGACACCUUGCGUCAGGAAAAGUCGACCCUGCAGGAGGACAACGAGAGCCUUGUUCGUCACAACGACAAGUACUUCAGCGAAAACAAGAUGCUACGUCGUGAAAACUCUGGCUUCGAGCGCAGCAUUCACGACCUGCACGACGAGAAUCUGAAGCUCAAAGAUGACGUUGAGCUGUUGAAGCAGCAACUCGACCACUGCCGCCCAAUUCCCAAGGACGACUUCUCUGCCCGUCUUGACGAGGAGACAGAGGAGAACAUGACGUCGGCCUUCUUCGUUCCGGAUAUUACAAUAGACACGAAUGAGUCUGGUCCGACCGAGGCCACCCAGACCAAAGAUGUUCCUAUCCAGCCCGAGCUCACUUCCCAAAGCUACAAGACGCCAACAACCCACGUUAACGCAAUAUCAGCUCGGGAUACGACCCGCGAGACGAAGAAGACCAAGAGCAAGCCAAAACAGACUACCCAGGGUCAAAAGGUUGCAUUCUCCAUACCCGAAACGACGACGCAAAGCGACAGGAAUGUGGCAAACAAGAGCAAGCGCCGCAGUCGCUCAAACUCGCAACACAGCCAGAAGGGCCCGGUCAUGGACCCUUUCAACGACGUUGAUGACACAACUGGCCUGCAGUCGAUGGACAACCCAACUGAAGAUCAGGCCAUCUCCCUGAACCUAUCUCUGAAAAACCAACGCCAGUCGCAGCAAUUGCAGGACCAGGCUGGCCAAGCUCAUAAAAUCCGCCGUACUUCGCAAACUUCACAAAAGAUCAUUCUGGAGACUGAUCUAGCCGCUCAGCAUGCGAAGCAGCUUAAUCACGACACCUGCCCGGCGCUCUCUAAGGAUGCACGCCGCGUGCUGGAUGGACUGUGCGAGCAUAAUUGUCGCAACUGCAUAGUUUGCACUAGAAUCACAUCGCACCGUGGUGUCAUCUCCGCGACCGAAGCCGCUUCGGGCAAGAAGCGCGUCACCGUUCCCCGGCCAGUGCCCGUUACCGACCGCGACCUGACCGCGGACGAUCCGACGAUGCGGCCCUCGCAAGCCCCUGGUCACGCGUUGGCCCUCGUCAUCAAGGGCCUGGAAGAUGAGUCCCAUCAUAUGCAGCUCGAGCUUUCUCGCAUGCAGGCAGCAUAUAACGGCGCGGACAAGUCUAUCGGUCGGCGUGACAGGCUUUCUCUCGCAGAGGGCAUCCGGACGCUGCUGAAGCGCCUCGAGGUCAAGAACGACCAGAUUUACAGCCUCUAUGAUGUCCUGGAGGGGCAAAAGGCCGCCGGACAAGCGAUGACGGAGGAGGAGGUAGAGAUGACGGUGCUAAACAUCACCGGUAUGACGGUACGGGAUGUGACCAGCAACAGUGACAACUUUACUUGGGAAGGCAUCCACGAUGCUGCCUAGUUGAAGCCGGCGGGCUCCUGUUGAGUCGGUCGAAGACGGGUAGCAAUUUGGACAAGGUCAGCAUGGAUUCCAGCGCUCGGCAUCGUUGGCUUCGUGAUAGCUCGCGCUCGUCCGUCGGUACCUAAGACUUACGGGUCUUGGAUUUGGGUGAUGAGGUCGCGGCGGAAAACGGAGUGCGUGCUUGCGGGCAUGAUUGGAUUGCAUUCUCGGCGCGCGUUUGAGGUCAUUUCGAGGGAAGCAGAGGUACGCGGUGGAUAGCUGCCGCCACGCUGGCCUCGGCCAUGUCGGAUUCUUGUAUUAUAACUAGGGAUGCGCCGCUGCAUUGGGUUUGAGACUGCAACUGCAACUGGGGUAUGGGGUUCGGAUCCUGGAUAGGGAAUGAUUGAAAUGAUGACUUUUGUCUGCAUUCACAGUACGCUCGUUUUUUUUACAAAGAAAAGAGC